CGCCGACUACACAUCAACAUCUUCAACUAUUUAGUAUCGGCACCCACAUGCCUGUAUAGACUUCCCAACAUGGGCUGUACAAGCAGCUCUCCAAAUAUGGUCACUGCCCAUGCUAAUCCCACAGAUAAAAUAAUACAUUUUUCGGAAGAUACAACAAAUGACAGACAUAAUGAUGAAUUGAACAGUUCUAAUGAUGCAAAUGAAAAGGUGCUUCCUGCGUGUGAUACUUUAGUCAGUGCUUUAAAUGAAUCAAUACAAUUAGUUAGGAAUAAUAAAUCUAUAACAGAAACCUCUCAUGGGCAAGGUGAUAAGGAUGCUUACACGAAUGAAUAUGACACGGAUGGAGAUAAUACUCUAAUAUACAAAGAAGAUUCUCAACUCGAAGAAAAAUUUUCUUCGCUAGAAGACGUAGUGGAAAAAGUUGUAGAGUUAUAUAUUGCAGAUGCAGAAAACACCAUAGAUAUCGCUAAAAAUGUUUCAGAAAGCUCAGCUGAACUGACAAAUACAACAUAUAACAACAUAGACGAAAAGGUUGAAGAAUCUUCUAAAAUAAAUUUCUCCCAUAUAGAUAACGAAACUACAGAAAUAAUAGAAGAAAAAUUAGAAGAAGCCAUCAGUCCUAGCCAGUCGACGAGCAGUCGCGCGACGAGAUGGGAAGCCUUGGCGGACAUCGCGGCUGAACUGCCCCCUUCCCUUGCUGUCGAUCCCGUCACGGGACAAAUUUAUGCACUCUCUAAGUAGGUUAAUAUUUUAACAUAUUAAUUAAUUAAAUUAUUAUAAAUUACAUGUGUUUUGUAAUGUUCUCUUUAGCUUCAAAACUGUGAAUAAGAUCCCACGGCAAUAUGUGGAAUUAUGAUUUAUUACCUUAAUGAUGCGGCCCUAUAUUGGUGAGAACCUUUGUCUCCUUUGUAACUAGUUUUAUGUUUACUUGUAUACCUAUAUAAAUGUAGAUGUUGGUCUUCCUGUUAAAAUAAAAUAAUAAGGGACUUUAGCGCCUAACCUCUCCCCUUCACCC